GUGGUACUGUCUCGCCAGAUAUGGCCUGGACUCCGAAAAGAAGGUAAUUGGUGACCAUUUGUAAAGCUGGAACUUUAAGAAUUAUAAGUCUUUCAGUUGUCUCCACUUUGUUACUGAAGUUGAGAGAGGCCAUUAUACACUUCUCAUCGUGCAAAUGCCUCGUUGGUGUCCCGAAUCGGUCAGCUGAAGUUGUCAAUCAUCCCAGAGGAUGGGCUCCUUGUUGUUAGUGUUGUUGAGGCUAGGGGCAUGCUGGAACAGGACAUGGGGCCUUGUGACUCUUAUGUUAAGGUUGGUAUGAUUCCAGGCAGUGAUCCUAAAGAGAGACAGAAGACUCAGGUGGUCCCUCACUGUAGGAACCCCAUCUUCUUGCAAACCUUUUACUUCAUUGUCAGUGAGAAGGAGCUUCAUAACAGACUGCUCUUCACAGUGUGGAACUCCAACUCCACCACAAGGAGGAGUGUGCUCCUGGGUUGCAUGAGUUUUGGUGUGCGCUCCCUUAUGGCAGACAAGGAGGUGCAAGGCUGGUACUACCUUCUUGGGGAGGAGCUGGGGAGGAAGAAGCAUCUGAAAGUGCCUGAACAUCAAAACUUCCACGCCUCUGAGGCUGUGCUGUCAAACCAUGGUGCUGCCCCCGAGACCAAUCGCCCCGAGAAUAUGCAAUGCUUAACAGUUACCAUCCUUCGAGGAAAGGAUGGAUAUGGCUUCACCAUCUGCUCUGACUCACCUGUGAGGGUCCAGGCUGUUGAUCCAGGCGGUCCAGCAGACCAGGCAGGGCUGCAGCAGCUGGACACCCUCCUGCAGCUAAAUGGCCAGCCAGUGGAGCAGUGGAAAUGUAUUGACCUGGCCCAUGCUAUCAGAAACAGCGCCAAUGAGAUCACCGUGGUGGUGUGGCGCACGGGCCCUUCAGCCAAGCCUAGUUUCGAGGGCCUCAUCCACCGACCCUCAUACAAGCCCUCCACCUCAAACUACGAUGCCCCGUCACCCCCCACUAGAAAGCGGGUACCAGAUCCUGGCAGCAGCAGCAAAACCCCCCCAGCUGUGCCUCCUCUACCAGCCCACCACCGCUCCGCCGCCAGCCGCAGACUGCUGGUCAACGGGUCAGAGGCCGGGGGUGGAAGUGGAAUGGGCGUAGGGGGCCUCGGGUGGGGGGCCCAGCUAGGGUCGGCCGAGGAGCUGGAUGGGAAACCCCGUGGGCACCUUCACCACCCCCCAACCGCCACACUGAAGGGCACCAGAGUGAAGGCCUCCAAUGGAGACAACUACAUCAUCCUGGCCCCUAUCAACCCUGGAAGCCAGAUUUUGAGGCCUGUCUACCAAGAUAACCAGGGCACGCUAGCUGCCAGGUUGUACCCCACACGACAGGCCAGUGUCCCACAGCCCCGUGGUGGUGGGGGUGCCUUUUCAGGAGGUGGUGGUGGUGGUGGUGGUGGUGGUGGUGUUGGUGGUGGUCUCUCCAGUCGCACUGCCUUCCUACGCCGGUCUGCCAACUCUAAGACAGCAAAGACGACCUCUGCCGCCUCUAAUGCCAACCCGCCCAGCUACCAACCGCACAAUGCCAACUUUGCCAACUACCAGAACUGCACCAUUGUCCGCUCACACACACCACAUGCCAACUACGGCUUUGUCAAAGUGGCACCCAAGAUCCUUAUCUUCCCUAUAUUUGUUCAGCCCCUUGACCUGUGCAGCCGAACUCUUAUCAUAUCUGAGGAGAUGAUACUACACGAGAGCAAGCACCACUCCCUCAAGGUGACAGUGUUUGUCUACACUGACCUGAUGCUGGUGACCAGGGAGGAUGAGCCAGGCCGGUGUAAUGUCCUUCAGAGCCCCCUGUACCUCCGACAGCUGCGACUCCAGGACGAUCAUGCUGAAGAACUCAGAUUCUAUCUCAUACACAUGACUGAGAAGUGCGAUUGCCUGCUCAGUCUGGAAGCCUACUCAGCCGACCAGAAGCGACGUGUGUGUCAGUGUCUGAAGGACAACAUUGACAAGCAGCUCCAGCUUCAGAGGAGGGAACCUCUCGCUCCACAUUUUGAACAGAUGUUGGAGCCUAAGGUGGAUGCGCCUUCAUGUGAGCUGGGCGGAGUAGGAGGAGAUCCAGGAGUUAUGGGCGGCCUCCACCUGCCCCCUCGUAGCUCAGAGGGUGAGGAAAGCAGCGUGUACCCCUCCAGCCCCUCAGAGCCCCCGACCCUGGGUAGCCCACACCCCUCCGAGCCGCUCACCCCGCUGGAGGAGAUCUACAUGCCCCUGGGUGGACUGGGGAGUUCUGAUGAGCCGCAUAAGGUGCCUCCCACACCACCCCCUUCCACCGAGGGAGAGGACAGCAAAAGUAUGGAAGGCAUGGAGAUGGAGAUCUGGAGAGAAGGGAAGAAUGAGGAGGAGAAGAGUAAGGAGUUUGGAGAAGAGGAGGAUUAUGAGGGCAGUAGGAAGAGUGUGGGGAGCGAAGGUAUGGAGAAAGAGGAAGGAGGAGAGGAGGAAGCGGAGGGGAACGAAGGUGAGCUGAGCCUGAAUUUGGUGGUGGCAAACACUGAUGAGGACAACGCCUCGGAGCCGCCUGACACCAAUGCGCCUCCUUCGUCCUCCUCCUCCUCAUUUGUCAUCCCCGAGCUGCGCCUGGACCGCUCCUUUAGUGCCGACGCCCUCUCCUCGCCCAACACCGAUGAAGAAGAGUACGAUGAAGAUGAAGACGACGAGUCUGAAGAGGAGGAUGAUGAAGACGACAGCGACGAUGCCUAUCUGCAGCGGAGCGACAGCAAGCGCCGCAGCAUGGUGGAGGGCGCCACCUGUGAAAAGCACGGAGGAGGGGGGCUAAGUGUGCAGAAUUCUCUCCGCAGGCGCACCCACAGCGAAGGGAGCCUCCUGCAGGACCCGCGCACCCCGUGUUUCACCUCCGACAAUGCCAUCAACUGCCUGGAGGUUGGAGGGGCGCACCACAAGGGUGGCUGGACACUCCCAUCACCCAAAACUCUGAAGAAAGAGCUCACCAAGAAUGGAGGCUCCAUGCAUCAGCUGUGUAUGCUGUUUUCUGGGAGAAAGCUGAGCACCGGAUCCCCCUGUAGCUGCGAGGUUGGCCCCGACGGGACCAAGAAGAAGAAAUCCAAGAACCUGGCCAAAGACAUGAAGAAUCGUCUGGCUUUCCUGCGGAGGAGGAAUGAAUCCCCAGGAAGCAACCCAGCCAGCAAGUUAGACAAAUCUAUGAAGUCAGUGAAGCCCACCCCAGAAGAAGCACUGAAGUGGGGGGACUCGCUUGACAAGCUGUUGGUUCACAAAUAUGGUCUGGCAGCGUUCAGAGCUUUCCUGCGCACCGAGUUCAGCGAGGAGAAUCUGGAAUUCUGGCUCGCAUGCGAGGAGUAUAAGAAGAUCAAGUCGCAAUCCAAGAUGGCCUCCAAAGCCAAGAAAAUAUUUGCAGAAUACAUUGCCAUCCAAUCUUGUAAAGAGGUAAACCUGGAUUCAUACACCAGAGAUCACACUAAGGACAACCUGCAGAAUGUGACGCGCUCCUGCUUCGACCUUGCACAGAGGAGGAUAUAUGGGCUGAUGGAGAAGGACUCAUACCCACGCUUCCUGCGCUCAGAACUCUACAUGGACUUAAUCAACCAAAAGAAAGCUAGCUCCACUUCCACCUCAUCUUCAUCAUAAGAGACCGGAGAAAGAUAAAAGGAGAAAUCUAGAGAGAGAUGACAACAAUGAAAGAGAAAAGAAAAAAAGGGGCAGAGACUUGAAAAAGACAUGGGGUCGGGGAGGGGGUGGGAGGGGUUAACAUCUUUGCCUUUUGUUUUUUUUUUUUUUCUUUUUUCUUGUUUCUGCCAUCCUGUCCACUAUGAUUUUUUGGUUGUUAUGGUGAGAGAGGAGACGGCAAGGCUAUGGCACUGCAAAGGAAUGUUGUUUACACAAUGACCAAGUGGAUAUGAUGAGGCCCACGAGCGAGCGCCGGAGCAGGAGCUGGACACUUGUCUGAUCACUGUCAGUUUCUUUUUCUUUUUUUUUUUUUGGUUGCAGUCUGUUGUCAGAAAAGUGACCAAUACACGUUUUUGUAUUUAAGUUCUUGUCCAGAUGUACUGGAGAAAAAAAGGGGGAGGGUGGGGGGUGGGGCUUAGAAAACCCUGAAGACAUGAAGACAGUCCGGUACUGUUUUAUCACUAUUUUCCUUUUUUUUUUUUUUUUCUUUUAAAACUCCCACUGUCACCGCUCCCUUUUCCUCCACCACGUCCUCUUUGAAUCAAAUUCAAAGCUGUUGGUACGACGUAAAAUCCCUUUUUGAAGUCCUCUUUUUCCUCAUAAAUGUUUUUUUUUUUUUUCAGCCUCCAAACUGUUUGAUAGAGGGGAGCAAUGAAAUAUUGGAGCUGAUGUCUGAAUGACUGGAUGAAAACUCACAUUUUGGUCGCAUUUCACACACUUUCUUGUCACAGAAGCACACACACACCGACACACGCAUGCACCUUUGCGUCCACUCAAGGCCCUUCUCCAAAGGGGUCCCACUUUACACCGUUCAUCCAAAGACUUGUGGGACGAAACCAUGAGAAUCAGAGGGAGACAAAAAGUGGAGACGGGUGGAGAACAAGACAUGUAUAAAUAGUGGAUGAACUGAAGCUGUGAUGAAACGCAGAUUAUGUGUCACUCUCACAUUAAAAGAUGUCAGAAAUGGGAAAAAAAAGAACUUUAUGCCUGUCUCAAAAGACUGUUUACAACAAGGAGAGAAAACACAAGGCAGAACAGGCUCGAAAAUGUUCCCUGCGGCCUAACAGCAUUUCCUUCAACAUUGUAGCUCAUUCUGGAGUGAACAAGGAAGCAUUCUCAGGACACUGAGGCACUCAACUAUGAAAGUUUUCCGCUUAGUUUAUCUUCUCACAGAUUUCCUUUUUUUCUACACAUUAAAUCUUUUUUUAUGUGUUAGGGUUCAGACCUGCACUCUAUAGGUAUACUGAGCAAUACUUGAGACAUUGCUCGUUUCAUUGACAUAAUGUAGAAAAUAACUCGUCACAUUGUACAAAGUUUGCCUAUUUAUUUAGAUUAACUCGCUGGAUGCUUUUACCCCCACCUUCGCCUCCUCCAAAGCACUCAGCUGAAAAGCUCUCGCUUCCCUUUUAACCACCAAACAGGUCCAAUGUUGUCCUGAACUUUAAGUGCAAUAUGUUUUGUUUUUUUUUUUAAUUUUGACUUUUUUGUUUUGUUCAUUUAUUUGGAUAGUUUUCGAUUUUUAUGGGGAAGACAAAUGGCUUGAGCUCUGUAUUAACUUUAUUUGUUGAGAAAAAAAAAAACAAACAAACUUAGAGCUAUAAGGUUGACUUACAAGUUAAACUUAAAGAACCAUGAGUAGUUUCAUGAAUUUUAAGUCAUUCUAACUGUGCGUAUACCCCGGCAGCAGGCAGCCGGGGGCAUUAUGGUUGUAAAUAUAAUUCUUUAAGAAAACUAUGUGAAAAAGAUGUUUAAAAAACACACACAAAAAAAACAAUAGGUCUCUGCAGCUGAUGAAUGUGGGACCUUGCUGUAUCUAUGUAAAUAUGAGAGACUCAAAGCUAUAAUAUGACAUGUAUUGUUAUAAAAAGAAAAAAACAAAAUAGGUGAGCAGGGGCAGGAACAGUCUGCCCUUUUCCCUGGUCAUACACUGCUUGUAAGGAGUUUUACGAAAUGCAUUUUAUCAUUUUCACUGUUUACAAUUCAAAACGCAUCUCCUAUGAUAGCAAGUGAAAAAAACAGUAGAGUACAUUUGGUGUCAUUGCUAACGAUAAAUAAAACAACCGACUGGUGAAAUAA